AUGCAGGUGAACCAGAGCAGACAGAGAGGAUCCUGGGGCGCAGGAUGCAGUCUGAGCACCUUCCUCCUCCUGAGCCUCUGCCUUCAGCAGGUGUGGGUCCUGAACCCUCCUCCUGUGACCCGGGGUCUACAGUCUGCGUUCUCUGCCUCUCGCAGCAGCAGUGUCCUGGGAGGAAAGCAGAGAGCUGUGACCUUCAACCGCCUCAUGGUGAACAUCGGAGGAGACUUCAACCCUGACUCUGGCUUCUUCCGCUGCCGUGUCGCAGGAGCCUAUUACUUCUCAUUCUCUGUGGGGAAAUUCCCAAAGAAGAUUCUGUCAGUGAUUCUGGUGAAGAAUGGAGAGGAGGUCCAGGCCAUAGCUUAUGAUGAUUACCGCAAAAAAGGCAGAAAAGUGCAGAGUCAGAGUGUGAUGGUGUCUUUGAAGGAGAUGGACACCGUGUGGCUGCUGGUCCAGCAGAGUCCUCAGUAUGCCUUAUACAGUAACAUGGGGCCAUACAUCACCUUCUCUGGGUAUCUGGUCUAUCCUCAGACCUCCUACAUCAGUAACCACCUGUCCUCCUCCACAGAGAGGCCUCACUGUCCUCCUCACACUGAGCAGAGGCCUCGCUCGGCCUUCUCUGUGGCUCGGACCUCCACUCUCCUGGGACAGAGCCACCUGCAGCAGCUGAAGCCUGCUCUGACCUUCGAUGUGGAGUAUGUGAACAUAGGAGGCCACUUCAACAGGUCCUCUGGCGUCUUCACCUGCUCCUUCCCAGGAGCCUACUACUUUGCCUUCACUGUGGGCAAACACCCGCGGAAGGCCGUGUCGGUGAAGCUGAUGACGGGGCAGGGGGACGUCCAGGCCAUGGUGUUUGACGAGGACACGUCCAAGAGGAGAGAGAUGCAGAGUCAGAGCCUGCUGCUGUCUCUGAGCCGCGGGGACACGGUCUGGCUCUACAGCCAACAGGACGAGCGCUACGCUGUGUACAGCAACCAGGGCCGAUACACCACCUUCUCUGGCUUCAUGGUUUAUCCUGAGACACACAUGGUUCAUCCUGAGACACACAUGGUUCAUCCUGAGACACACAUGGUUCAUCCUGAGACACACAUGGUUCAUCCUGAGACACACAUGGUUCAUCCUGAGACACACAGCACCAGUGCAUCCAGCACACAGGACAGAACUCAUCUAUAA